AUGCUCUGGAGAGCCUCAUUCCGUAGCGUCUCUCCAGCUGCCAUUGGCGUCCCCCAGAAUCCUCGGCCGACCAGCAUUUCAAAAGCAUUUGUUGUUGCCAGCAGAGCAAAAGAUGACAUCUCAUGGGUGCGGAAGCAUCUCUCGGGAUGGGACGUCAAACGAUUUAUUGUAGACUCUUCCUUUGCCCAAUACACGGUGCCAGAGAACAAAGGUCGCGAGGCCAUGGUGUAUUUGACAUAUAUCAUUGACGCCUACGACAAGCUCCCUGAUGUCACUGUAUUCAUGCACAGCAGCAGGUAUCAGUGGCACAAUGACGAUCCGCUCUACGACGGCGUUCCAUUGCUGCAAAACCUGCAGCUACCGUAUAUCAUCUCUCAGGGAUAUGCAAAUCUCCGCUGCGUUUGGACCCUAGGGUGUCCAUCUGAGCUGAAGCUCGAUCAACAAGGCAACAGUGAUCCUGAAGCCGAGCAGAGUACCCAGUCUACCUAUCCUCAAGCUUUCAGAGAGCUUUUCCCUGGAGAACAGGUUCCUGAUGUUGUCGGUGUCGCUUGUUGCGCACAGUUUGCAGUGACAAGAGACAAGAUCCUCGAGAGGCCCAUUGAAGACUACAAACGCUACAGACAGUGGCUGUUAGACACGCCACUCGAUGACGAUAUUAGUGGCCGGAUAUUAGAAUAUUCGUGGCAUAUUAUAUUUGGCAAGCCCCAUGUCUAUUGCCCGAAUGCAAAGCAGUGUUAUUGCAACACUUUUGGUCUAUGUAACUUAGACUGCGAUGGAGAGGAUAAGUGUGGGGAACGUUGGCCAUUCCCACCUUAUUCGACACUGCCUCAAGGAUGGCCGACAGUAGGAUGGGAUGGGAAGAGUCGUGACCAAGGAGUUCUUGCAAACUUGCGACAAGUGGCGAUGUCUUCGGAAAAUCAAAGCGCGUGAAGAAUCAUUUCUGCAACUCUGUUUCGUGGGCCGCAUAUAGAAGGGAAUGGAGUCUUGAGCUGCUUUUGUAUUAUAUUAGAAGGUGUUGUAGGAGAAUUUGGAUAAGGUUAGCUAAAAUAGAGCGAUUUUAC